AUGAAGAAGAAGAAGAAGAAGAAGAAGAGAAUUCUUUAUCGCAAAAAGAAUGAACAAAGUAAAGCAAGCACCAAAAAACCCAUUUACUCCAAAUUUUCCACCCAUAAAUCACACCCUCUCACCAGCUUCCCCACGCUUGCUCCGCCGCCGCAUCUCCGCCGUGCCACCACCGUACCACCACCGUCACCUUUCGCACUCCCUCAACUCAAAUGUACCAAAUCUAACCAUUUCUUUCAAGUCACAAAAGAAGCCUUCCAUUUUCCAACAAUUUCCAAACAUUUUCAAAGUUGUACAUACUGCAUAACCACUUGUACAUUUCUAAUGGCUACUUUUGGAGAGGGGCCCACCUUAUUUGCUUCGUCGCCAACGUCGACUAUGAGACGGAUAGGACGGGGACGGGGGUGGGCGGGAUGGUGUAGCUGUCGUCGCCGGAGCUCGACGGUAUGGGGACGACCCCCAUACCGUGCAGCCUGAGAGUGAGGAUCAUGACCACACCGUAGCUGAAACACGCUUAGUCUUUUUCUUUAAUCACAAAUAUAGUUUCCACUAUUUUCACUACAUUGAAUAAAGUAGCGACAAUUUGAUAUUUUGACAAGGUGAAAGUUAAAUUCACCUUGAUAUCUAACUCUCGGUGGAAAUGUAUUUGUUUAUUACUUUAUAUUACUCAUUGCUAAUUGUUUUA